AUGAACGACCGCGGCGUCGUUGUAGUGCUGGCGGCCGCGACCCUCGUGGCCCUGGCCGCUGCAUGUCUGGUGGGCUCCGUCCCCCUCGGCGUCGACCGCGUGGCGGCGGCCCUCCUGGGCGGCGCAUCGGCCGGCGACCGCGUGGUGGUGUGGGAGAUCCGCUUGCCGCGGGCGGCGGCGGCGCUGGCGGUGGGAGCGGCGCUGGGGGCGUCGGGCGCGGCGUUGCAAGGGUUGUUGCGCAACCCCCUGGCCGAGCCGGGUGUCCUGGGCGUAUCCGCCACCGCCGCCCUCGGUGCUACCUUCGUCAUCUACUACGGGCUCGGCAGCGCCGGCGGCUUCGCCUUGCCCGUGGCCGCCAUCGCCGGCGCCCUGGCCGCCACGACCUUCUUGACGGUGGCCGCCGCCCGCGUGGGCUCGGUGGUGACGCUCAUCCUGGUGGGGAUCGGGCUGUCGAGCUUCGCCGCCGCCAUGAUGGCGUUGCUGAUGAAUCUCGCGCCGCACCCCUUCUCCCUGUCCGACAUGCUGAACUGGAUGCUGGGCACCGUGGCCAACCGGAGCUUUGACGACCUCGUACCCACGGCGCCGUUUCUGGUGGCGGGUCUGGUGAUCCUCUUCGCCGGCCGGCGGGGCCUUUCGGCCCUGACCCUGGGCGAGGAGGCGGCGGCGGGCGUGGGCGUCGACCUGCCCCGCACCCGGCGGCUGGUGGUGGUGGGCGCGGGGCUGGCCACCGGCGCGGCGGUGGCCAUCGCCGGCGCCAUCGGCUUCGUCGGCAUCGUCGCGCCGCACCUGGUGCGCCCCCUGGUGAACCACGACCCCGCCCGCACGCUGGCGCCGUCGGCCUUGCUGGCGGGACUCAUUCUCGUGGUGGCGGACAUCGGCGUGCGGGUGGCGCCCACCGACACGGAGCUCAAGCUCGGGGUGGUGGCGGCAUUGCUGGGGGCGCCGGUGUUCGUGUGGAUCGCCGCGAGGAGGCGGGUGCCUGGUGGCUGA